AUAAAAUUUUCAGAAUAAUUACAAGAAGUACUAGACAUAUAUUUGAAAACUUGGAGACAUGUUUGAGACCAAGUUAUCAGCGUAAAAUACUCAAAUUCAUUAAGGCCACAUGAUGUUAAUGAAACGCAAUCCGGGUACUCACCGCUAUCAAUUCCAUUGGAUCCGUUCAGACCGUUCUCAUCCAAAAACUAAGAUAUUUCUCCUGUCUAAAAUAUUUCUCAUAGCCACCGCAGUUAGUCGAAAAGAAGCACUCGUAUUUCUCAUGACUUGAAAACUGAAACCGUUUUUCCUGAGAAAAUAAACACGCAAAUAAACGGGAUACUUAAAUUCUUGAUUUUUGGCAUGUUUUAAAGCGUUACAUUGAUUUGAGGAAAGGCAUCAGACACAAGAAUGGGAAGAUUAUCACAUAUGACCAAAGCGAGACUAAAUAAAAUGGCUGAUCCACUCGAAAUUCCGUUACAUGCAAUCAUACAUUCUAUAAUUAUUACUACAAAAUAAGGACUUCGAGUAAAUUUCAUAAUCCAAUUUCAAAAAUACAAGCAAAACACACACAAAUCGGGAAAACAGUCGUCACGGCGAAAGUGUGAAAAAGGUUUUAAGGGAAUCCAUUCCCUGAAUGAUGCUGGCAGCUAAAGUCAUAUUUUCCACAACUUCAACAGUUUUCCUCUUGAACACGAAAGAUAAAGCAAAAAUCGGUGGCUUUAGACCGACAUCGUUCAUUGUACUGCAUGUACUGUGCUACAAAAAGAUACAUCAAUACACAAAUGUAUCACUGUUUUUAUUUUGAAAAUUAAACUGAAACAAGAACAGCACUUCGGCAGCAGUGUUCCGAUCACUGAUCGAUAGAAAGGUGGAAUAACGGCAUUCGCGGAAACAUUUCCAAGCACAUUUCCCCAGUUCGCAGAAAAGGCUGUACAGUAUCUAUCACAUUAUUAGGGCCCGGGGUACUAAUAGGAAUUUGCGUGACCAACUGGUGCAUGGGACCACCAUACUUCGUUUUUGCCCAUUUUGAACAGAAGAAGAGAAAAAAAGAGCCACUAAUGAUAUAAAAUUCGCGGCAGUUUUCGUCGGAUACACUGAAUAACCCAGAACUUCAUACGCGGCACAGUCCUAGCCCUUGACGCCGGUUCUUGGAUCAAAGUUUCCAUCCGUCUUGGGGCGCUAGGGCGGGGUUAGGGAAAUGCAUUCCGCGGGUUCAGUGAGGUACUGUAUGGUGACUGCAUGGGUUCUGUAACAAAGAAUAGCUUAUUUGUACCAGUUGAUGCUCACUCACAUUGAGAGUAGCAGAGGAUCGCUGGAUACCUGAUGAGUGCAAGGGGAAAAAUUAUAAGCCAUCUAACAAAUUGCAAAAGGUUUGAAUGCAUUUUUGCAAUGCGGUUAAAAACUUUUACCAGCAUAUGAUAUUUCUACCAGUAACUUCGUAAAUUUCCGUAAUCCAGUACAUUCCGUUGCUCCUUAUAAUAGCCUUUAUUUAUAGGACUUUUCCUUGUCAAGUAUUUGAGGUGUGUCCACUGUCCAAGCACCCGCGAACUUUAUGGACUUACGAUGCGCCCGGGUUUCGACUGAGCGCCUGAUGAGGAAAGGCACCGCCAUUGACUCAUGCGCUGAGGGUUGAAUCGAUGCAAGGGUGCGCAGAGAGGGUCACCAUUUUGUCGGUUGAGCGCAGCUGUUGGGGUGUGUCCAUGUGUGGAGAGGGAAAGACGGCUUCACUGCCAGGAUGUGAGUUGACUAGACCUGUUAUUGAUCCGCCGUGUUUUUCAGUGCCUUCUUCCGCGGAAUCAGCCUCGCAAUUAGCCCUUUGCUUCGUGUGUCGGAAAACCGAAAGGCCUUUGAAAUGGGCUUGUUGGCGCUUCUCAAGAAACUCCGUUCGUCGCCGGAACAAGAAUUGCGGAUCCUGUUGCUGGGGCUCGACAACGCAGGGAAAACAACGUUGCUGAAGGUACUGGCUUCGGAGGACAUUACUCACAUCACACCCACGCAAGGGUUCAAUAUAAAGGCAGUGCAAAGCGAGGGUUUCAAGCUGAAUGUUUGGGACAUUGGCGGACAGCGCAAAAUUCGCCCGUAUUGGCGACACUACUUUGAAAACACUGACGUUCUGAUUUACGUGAUUGACAGCGCGGACAGACGCCGUUUUGAAGAAACCGGUCAAGAAUUGGAAGAACUGUUGGUGGAAGAAAAGCUGGAACGGGUUCCUUUGCUAAUAUACGCAAAUAAGCAAGAUCUUCUCACAGCUGCUCCUGGGGCUGAAAUAGCUCAAGGACUCGGAUUGCACAAUCUGCGGGAUCGCAUUUGGCAAAUUCAAGCAUGCUCUGCUAUCAAAGCUGAGGGAAUCAAGUGUCUAAAGUGCAGGUAUUUGUCCCUGUGUUUGGAUCCUGUGAUCUUGGAGCUCAUGUUGACACAGUCAUGUGGUAGUUUCUUAGUUCCCGUCGGGAAACGGUCGUCAAUUGGUGGCGGAUUGCAAGCCUUGCGUCUGAAACGCCCCGAAUUAGCGAUUCUACCGCCUUUGCUGUCGCCGCCAUCUGAAGCCACCGGCAGGCGCCGUCGGAGCGCCGAUGAGGACAAGUCCAAAAUGGCUACUGCAGAAACUGCUGCUCCCAUUCUCGAUCGCAUGGAUAUAAUCAAGCUGCUCGCGAAGUCAUCGCAGAAAUCGUCAACUGCAGAGAGAAUCCGGCAGCUAGAAAGAACCAUCGUCUUCCUGCAAGAUAAACAUCAGGAACUGCUUGCUGAUUUAAUAUACAAGUUGACCCUGAAACAAGAUGGCUGGAUUGAUGGGAAGCCAUUGAAAAACUCGGAUUUGCAAGAAGUUCGCCCGGGAUCUGCGAAUAGAUCUUCGCUAGCUCAGAUCAAACUUCUUGAGACUCAAUUGUCCGAAGCUCAGACGAAGCUUGGGGAGGCUGUGAGCCGCAAUCAGUACCUCACUAAUCUUCUUGACAAUAUAAAAAGGAAUGUACACGAUGAUAUUUCCGCCGCAAAUGAAAGCAAUGCUGGGGCAGUUACGCUUCCUCAACAGAAUGGUUUUGUACAGCGUUCAAGUACGCAAAUAAGUGGUCUCACCAUGGAGGAAGCUGGAUCAAUCAUUUGUGCCUUAGAGACUAAGAAUGAGGACUAUCGAAUGGAAAUAAAAAGACUGCGUGCAGAGCUUAUGAAUGCGCUGAGCGAAAAUGAGAAACUGACGCAGGAAGCUGCCGGCGAAAGUGGGCGAUGGACCAGAGUGGAUGUGAAAUUACCCGACCAUAGGGGUACUGCACAGCACGCAAGCAACUGCCGGUUGCCCAAGAUUUCUGGAUCGGAACCCGUGGAUUCGAGACAAUCAACCAGCCACAGUUCACGCUCCAAACGGGAGUAAAAGAAGGAAAAAUGAUUUCACUUUCUUUUUCUUUAUGAGAAAGAAUAGACUUAGGCUUUAUAGUAAUUAUUUGUGUUCACCCGAAAUUUUGAAUUUGCGUUUAACAGCGGAUUGUAUCAGCCAGAACGGGAUCAUGUGAUAUGUUGCGAAAUUUUACGACAUUAAAAUGCAAGAGACUGAAUCAUGAAACAUA